AGGCCAGCCAGCCCAACUCUCUUCUUCUUCUUCCUCCUCCUCUUCCCCCAAUUCCCAUUCCCAAUUCGCCCUCCUCAAAUCCGGCGCCCGCAUUCCCGAGCCUCCCGCAGAUCUGGGAUCCGCCGCCGCCGGAUCCCCCGCCGCCCGCGACGCCUCGGGACUCGCGUGAUCCCGCUACCCAGUCGCCAAGUUGGCGCCCCAGCGGAGGUCUCAGCGCCUCGCCGGCGGCGGCGCGGGCUCCGCCGCCGCCGCCGCUUCAUCCGCGCAGCCGCCAGGGGCCGCGGGUCAAGCCGGGAUGGGUGAUUCAGGUGACGCCGUCAUGGCGCGGUGGCUGCAGUCCGCGGGGCUGCAGCACCUCGCGGCGUCCUCCGCCGCCGGUGGCAGCGGCGGCGGCGACUACCGCGGUGGCAUGGCUGGACUUGGGGGCGCCGGCGCUGGAAGUGUGCUGCCCAGCCUUCUCAUGCAGGGCUAUGGGCCACAAUCAAUUGAAGAAAAACAGAGACUUUAUACGCUUCUAAGAAGCCUAAAUUUUAAUGGAGAGUCUGCACCCGGAUCAAUGUCUGAGCCCUACACACCAACGGCUCAGAGCUUUGGUGGUGGAAACCCUGUAGAGGGUUUUUAUUCACCCGAGCUUAGAGGUGACCUUGGAGCUGGCCUUCUAGACCUUCAUGCUAUGGAUGACACUGAGCUGCUGUCUGAGGAUGUAGCAUCAGAACCAUUCGAGCCUUCGCCCUUUAUGCCAAAGGAAAUUGAUGAUGAUGAGGAGGAUGUGACAUCAGGGAGCCAGCAAGUCCCAGUAGAUAAUUAUGGUUUGGCGACCAGUGAAAAAGAGAGCACUGCUAGAGAAAAUAAUGUAGCAAAGAUUAAAGUAGUGGUAAGGAAGAGACCUUUGAACAGAAAGGAGCUAUCUCGAAAGGAAGAAGACAUCAUAACUGUGCAUGAUUCAUCAUUUUUGACAGUUUACGAGCCUAAGCUAAAGGUGGACUUAACAGCUUAUGUAGAGAAGCAUGAAUUUUGUUUCGAUGCUGUCCUAGAUGAACAUGUUUCGAAUGAUGAGGUGUACCGUGAAACAGUCGAGCCCAUAAUUCCAAUUAUAUUUCAGAGAACGAAAGCAACAUGUUUUGCUUAUGGCCAAACAGGCAGUGGCAAGACAUACACAAUGCAGCCUUUGCCUCUGAGAGCUGCGCAAGACAUGGUUCGUCUUUUACAUCAACCUGUCUACCGGAAUCAGAAUUUUAAGUUGUGGCUUAGCUAUUUCGAAAUAUAUGGUGGGAAGCUCUUUGAUCUUCUAUCAGACAGAAGGCAACUACUGAUGAGGGAAGAUGGCAAGAAACAAGUUUGCAUUGUUGGCCUGCAGGAAUUUGAGGUUUCUGAUGUCCAGAUUGUCAAGGAAUAUAUUGAGCGAGGAAAUGCAGCGAGGAGCACAGGGUCAACGGGGGCAAAUGAAGAAUCAUCAAGGUCACAUGCUAUUCUGCAACUGGCUGUGAAGAAGCACAUUAUUGUUAAAGAUACCAGGAGACAGAGAGAUCGCGAUGCUAAUGAAGCUAAAAACACAAAGGCUGUGGGGAAAAUAUCGUUUAUUGAUCUUGCUGGUAGUGAGCGUGGUGCUGAUACUACAGACAAUGAUAGGCAGACAAGGAUUGAGGGAGCAGAGAUAAAUAAGAGUCUGCUAGCUCUGAAAGAAUGCAUUCGAGCUCUUGAUAAUGAUCAAAUCCACAUUCCUUUCAGAGGAAGCAAGCUUACUGAGGUUCUUCGUGACUCAUUUGUUGGUAACUCUAGGACGGUGAUGAUUUCUUGCAUUUCUCCAAACGCAGGUUCAUGUGAACACACACUGAAUACCUUAAGAUAUGCUGAUAGGGUCAAAAGUCUUUCAAAGAGUGGAAACACAAGGAAAGAACAGUCCACAGGGCCAACUAACACUUCUAGUAGGGAGUCUUCUUCAGCUCCAUCAUAUCCAUUACCUGCUGAAGCUGAAGAGAUUCCUAAUCAGAAUCAAGAGAAGAGACCUGCUGAUACUCAUCGGAAGGGCACUGAAACUUUUACCUCCAACCCUUCUGUGGAGCCAGACAGAAAUUCCUUUGGUAUGAUUCCAAGUUAUUCUAAUAGAGGGAGAGAAGAAAAUGGUGCAGCAUCUGGUUUCAAUGAUAGGGAGAGGUAUGAUUUGAAGUCCAGCCAAACUGGUUACACUAGUAAGGCACAGAAUUUAGCAAACACCCAAGAAGAGGAGAAAGUUACAAAAGUCUCUCCUCCUCGUAGAAAGGCAUAUAGAGAAGACAAAUCUGAUAGGCAGAGCAACUAUGCAAAAAAGGAUAAUGGGCCUGAGACAGGUCGGGCUGGGUAUAAAACGCAGCAGGCAAAGCAGCCACAACAGCAGCAAAGGCCACCAUCUGCUUCAGCUUCCUCUAGGCAAUCUGAAAAGGAAAGUUCUUGUGAUGAUGUGGAAAUUGAUGCAAUUCUUGAGGAAGAGGAGGCUCUCAUUGCAGCUCACAGGAAGGAAAUCGAGAAUACAAUGGAGAUCGUGCGUGAAGAGAUGAACCUCUUGGCAGAAGUUGAUCAACCAGGUAGCCUUAUUGACAAUUAUGUCACACAGCUGAGCUUUCUGCUCUCACGCAAGGCUGCGGGCCUGGUCAGCCUCCAAGCACGCUUGGCACGUUUCCAGCACCGCCUCAAAGAGCAAGAGAUCCUUAGCCGCAAGAAACCUUCCAGAUAGUACGAUCAUCAAUGGCUCCGGCAUUUUGCUCGGUCAUUCUAUUACUUGGAUAUCAACUGUGGUCCACUAGCGUUUUUUCUCCCGUGGGCUCUGGUAUUGCUGGAUCAGAUCAAGGUGAUGAAAGAAGACAGAUGGGGGGUGGCCUAGGUUGCGCUGGGGUCGGUCGGGCUCCUUCUUGGUAUCAUCUGGACACUUGGGUUUGUCACGGUUGAUGGCCAGUUUGGCAGCAGUCCUUUUUACAGUGGGCCUGCUUGGGCGUGUUUUUUGGCGGAUGCAUGGCUUGCCUUCUUUGCCUUUUCCUCCUUUUCCCAUUUCGUAUGAGAAACUGUAACUGUUGUUUGCAGAUAUCAGUGGGCCGGUUUUUGCCGUGGGGUGUUUGUGGAAAACAGAUACAUUGUUGUUGUAUAUUCAUCACUGAUAUUAUUUGCGUCGAGAAAGGAAAGGAUGUGUGUGUGGUGAAGAACUUGAAAUUA